AUGAACGGCAGGUUGGGCAGGGGUGAUCUGGCUCUCUCGCUCGAUCCUGCAUCUGCCAUUGAGACCCAAAGAGAUCCAUCAUCAGGAGUGGAUGCCUCCAAGGCUGUCAGCAAGGUUUCAGCUGCGUUGACUGAAGUAGCUGCAUCUGCCAAAACUGAGCCAAUAACUGCAGCAGUGACCAAACAGCAACUGGGAGCAAACUCACCCUCUUCAGCUGCAGAAGUGAGUGCGCAGCAACUGGCAGGAACCUUGUCUUCUCCAGCUGCAGCAGUGAGUGAGCAGCAACAGGCGGGCACCUCAUCCUCUUCAGCUGCAGCAGUGAGCAAGCCGCAAGCGGCAGGAACCUCUUCAGCUGCAGUUACCCCUCUGACUAUUGGGGAGAUGGUAGAAAAGCACCUGCAUCAAAAUAAAAUCACGUGCCUCAAGAAUAAAACCUGCUUCUUACCAAAAUUUUUUUCACUUGGUAAGAAGCAGCUGCUCAUAACCAACCUGCCAAAGUACUACGAUGGCUGCUACACAGUAGAAGACCUCGCCAACCUGCUCGUUCCAUUUGGAUUUGAAUAUAAAGAUGACAACAUCUAUGUUGUUCCUCAGGCUCGCAUGGCCUUUGCUGUGAUGCCAACAGUGCAGGAUGUGCACAAGCUUUUGACUUCCACCAGACGGAAUCGCAUGACUCUUAAAAACGUCAGACUGGCAGUGCAUGUAGUGGAUGGCGGCAUAACAAUGUCACCGCUUGGGUUUUAUAAAUCAGUGAUGAAGCGAAUGAAAUCUCCGGUGCUUGAUGAUGGAGAGAGAACAAUCUACAUCAAGAACAUUUCACCAAGCGAGGCCAAAGACCUCAGGGAAGCUUUGAAAAAAAUCGAUUCUGUCAGAAACUACAUGCCUCUCCUGAACAAGGUGUUUAUUGAAUUUGAGUCCAAUCGUGAUGCUGAUCGGCUCGGAGUUUGGUACAGCCUCCUGAAACAGGCCCCUGCUCACACAAUCUACAGGCUGAAAACCCCUCACUGCGACUGUACAGCUCUACCACCGAGACUUGCCGCAAACGCUAUUCCGGACAGCAAGGAUGUUGUUGCCGGGACAACUAUCCCAACAACAAAAUUUGGUGUUCCACAGGGUAGCAUUUCACCGUUCUGCGUCACGUUGACAGCUAGUCCCUUUGUGUUCCCUACCAUGUCCCCUUGGUUCAUCAUCCCAGAUCAUCUGACGGUCAGAGAAAUUGAUGACAUUGCGAAGGCCAAGCGUCAAGGUUUCUUGAUCCCCACAAUCAUGUUGACUGGUUUGCCUGAGGGAAACUACAAGCAUGAGGACGUCACCAAGUUGGUUUGGCCUUAUUUCCCUAAACAAAAUCUUCACUCCCUCUACUACAACGUGAUAGUCCUGACACUGCAGAGGAGGGCUUUUGUGUAUUUCAACAAUUUGACUGCGUGCUGCAAUUUUGUCCGAGAUCACAUCAGAAAUCCUGUGUUUGUCGGAGGCUCCAGACUCCGUGUCCAUUUCGUCUUGGAGCAGAUGCAUCCUGAAUCAAGAGAGGAGCUCAUGUAUAAAACGCUGAUGAAAUGGAGCAACGCUCGUGUUCCUGAUCCAGAGUCUCUGGAGGAGAGGCUGCUCUGUGUGGAGAUCUCUGAGACAACUGUGGAUGUCGUCAAGAUGGUCAUGGAAGUGGUGGCGUCCAUCGCUGCUUUUGUCAGCUUCCUGCCACUCGCCAACAGGAUAUGCGUUGAGAUGGCUGACUCCAGCGGUGUAACACAGGUGGUGGAGAAGUACAACACUUUUUCACCGGACUCUGUAUCUAAGGUUGUAACUUGGAGUAAAGUUCAGCGUUUUGAGCCUUUGAAGAGCCUAAAACAGCGCCUUGAAGACUCCAGUGAGAUCACAAUAAACCUUGAACUGGACACCGUAAAUGUUGAAGCCAAGCCCCCAACACAUCCUCCUCCUUCUGAAGUUUCUGAUAAAGGGCCCCAAUCUGCUCUGCAAGCCAGUAUUCCUGCUUCUGCUAAACCAGCAGCUCCUGUUGGAUCCAUCAUUUGUGAAUCAGGACCAAGUGCCACUGCCACAAAUGAUGUAGCAAUAAAGGAGGAGAGUGAGAAACUGGAAACUGAGAUUACCAUGGAAUCCACCAUUGCUUCUAAGGCAAAUGAGGAUGUAGAGAAAGCAGAAAUAAAGAGGGAGGACGGGGCUCCAACACCAACAGACGAUACUGCUGAUGGAAACACUGUCCCCGCUGCCUCCAGUCCCACACUCUUAGCCACAAGUCUGGUCAAAUCUGAAGAAAACACCACAGAACUCCUUCAUAUUGACCAGGACAUAUUCAAUGCGCUUACAGCAGCAGUUCGCCAGCACAGACUUACACGAGGAAGCAGGACACACAGUGAAGAGAAACAGAGUUUUGGCAAAAGCAACCUGGGCUCUAAAGGUGUGAAGGAUGGAGACACACCACAAGAAAGGGGUCAAAGUGAUUUUACAGAUGACGUGAUUUCUUCAGACGCCUACCUUUUUGAUGAGCAAAAUUUCAACAUGGAGGACUUUGUCACUGUUGAUGAAGUUGGCGAUGUGGAAGACAGAAGCCCCGACCACCAGAGCUCCUCCUUUUCCAAGCAGUCCUCCAGAGGGAAAAAAGAGAGGCAAAGCUCAGACACAUCGUCUACUGCCAAACAAACUUCGACAAGGUCCUUGAAAGACCCUAUGAGCUCAGCCUCUUCCUCAUCCUCUUCUUCCUCCUCAUCCAAGUCGACUAAAGACUCCAUGAAGAGAAGCUCAUCUUCUAAAUCGACCUCUGCGUCACCAAAAAAGGCCAAGGACUCAUCUGAACCCACCAAACCCUCAUCCUAUGCCAGUGUUAGUAAAACCUCUGCCUCUUCCUCACUGUGUCUUGAAACCUCUUCCUCUCCUGGUCCAAAAGCAGAACAGAGCAAGACAAAAUCUCCUUUCAAAGCAUCUACUACGUCUUCCUCGAGUUGUAGGACCCAAUCGUCCUCUACUGCACAUGAAAUUGAAAAGAUGGCAUCAAUAAAGACUCAUCCUGAGUCACAUAGAGAAGCGAAAGCCACAGAGAAUGCAGUGGUAAAGUCUGACCACAAGGUGUCAGAAGAGGCCAUUGCUGCAAAAACUGUUGAGUCAGAGUCAAAAAUAGAAACAUCAUCAGAGAUGCAUCCACCUGCACAGGGACGGGGGUUAGAGUUGAGCCAAUCCCAGAGGUUUGAGAUUGAUGCUAAAGACAACACACUCAACAACCUGGAGAAAAGCAAAGAGAGAAGGAAAGAAGAUGAUGUUGGCAAACAUUCAGAGGAGGAGGAUGAUGACGCUGAAAAUUAUCAAAUCCUUGAUUCACUUGAUGACCAAACAGAUGAACAGAUGGAUGAUGGGGACCAAGUAGGCAGCUCUGAAACAAAGAUAACAGAGCCUGAGAAUGACCGGAGUUUGCAUGAGGAAACAUUGGACAGACAGGUCUUUGGCACUGUUGAUAAUGAAGGCAAAGCCUGCCCUGAGGAGUGCAGUGAAAAGGAAGUGGGUGUUUCUUUUGAAAUGGUCAACAGUGCUACUGAAAGUCAAGCCACAACAGGUCAAGAAGACAGUUACCUCGUUGAAGGUAACAGUUCCACUGUAAAACAACUGUCUGAGGAAGAUGUGGUUCAAGUAGUCAACAAAUCUGAUGAUAAAUCUGCAGUUGAAGUUGCAAUUAUUAAAAACCAAGAGGCAAAUAAGGAAGAUAGUAUUCAAGUGUUGGAUACAGGUAGCAAACAAGAUCCAAGAGGUAGGGUAGAUGGAAAGACUGGAAAACAAAAAGAAGAGGAGGUCAAAGGCAAAAUGAUUUCACCAGAAUCCCGCAAAGCCUCCAAAGACAUGGAAAACCCUGAAGAACAAAUACCAAAUGAUGGAGAACAGCCUCUUGAAGUCUGUGACAAUAAAGACACUUUAAAAGGUGUUGUUCCUGAACAAGAAACCUUUGAGAUAUUGGAUUCGAUUGACGAUCAGGUGGUCAUGGAAGAUGACAGCCACAAACUUGAAACUCCCAGUGAUCAGAUGUCUAAAAAAGACAUGGAAGAAGAGGAAGAUACCUAUGAGGUAAUUGAUUCUGUGGAAGAUCAGCCAACAACUACAAAGACAGAGUCUGAGACUGACAACAAGGAAAAAAGAAUCAAAAAAGUGGAGCUGACUGCUAGACAAGAUGAUAGAUCAUCAAAGAGGAGUAGCCCCAGGACCAGAGCAUCCAAAAGGGAAGAGAAGGAGAAAUCACCAAAGAAGCAGGACAGGCCAGUUAAAAAAUAUGAAACACGAACGAAGAUGGACACCACUGCAGGAGGUUCUAAAAAAGACAAAGAGAUCAAAGAGGUCACUGAGGAAGUGUACAAAAUAGUAGAUUCUGUUGAUGACAAACUGGUUCAAGAUGCAGCCGCCACAGAAAGGUCUGGUAGAAGAAGGAGUGCAAGAGGAAAGAAAGAGGAUAAAAUGACAUUGAAUCUCACUGAAGCAUCUGACAAACCUGAUGGAGACGAGGAGGCUUCCUAUGAAAUUUUAGACUCUGUGGAGGACGAGACUGCUGCCGAAGAACCAACUUUUAUGACAAGAUCUACCAGAGGAAGAAGGGAAAAAACAACUAAGAGAGAAGCUUCCAAUGAGAAAACAAAAAUAGAAGACACACCAACAAGAAGGAGGCACAUUCCUGCCAGGGAAUCACGGGAAAAAACAUUAAAGAAAGAGGAGAUGGCACUUCAAAAAGAGAGUGUACCAGCAAAGCAGAGUGACAUUACUGUAGGAGAGGUAAGUCAAGAGGAUUCUAUUUAUGAAAUAUUAGACUCUGUGGAGGAUGAGUUUGCUAAGGAUGACCAGCCUGCUACAGGAGGAAAAGUGAAAAGGGGAAGACCAAAGAAAGAAAUUAAAUCAUCUAAAAAAGACACUGUAACACUGAAGAAGGACGACAAAGGAGCAUCUGAAAAAGUGGCUGAUGAAGAUGAGGUGACAUAUCAGAUUCUUGAUUCUGUGGAGGAUGAGCUAGUUGACGAUCCCCCCUCCACAGAACAGUCUAAGAGUCCGAGAAAGAACAUUUCUAAGAACAACAACAAGCAAAUAAAAAGCAAAUCUCUCACAGGAUCACCCAAACAUGAGGAGGAGGAUGAGGAGCCAAUGUAUGAGAUCGUAGAUUCUCUGGAAGAUGAUCAAGUACAGGAACAGUUGAUGACCACAAAGGUGUCCAGUAGAAGGAUGAAGGAAAGAACUAAGACAAAAGAUGAAACUAGUUCAAAAGAGGAUGCACCAACUGUAAAAGAAGACGCACCAAGAUGUGGUACCAACAAUGCUGAAGCACCCGAAAAAGUGGUCAUCGGGGAGGAGAUGAUCAAUGAUCCAUCUGCUGCAGAAGAGUCUGGUAUGGGAAAGGAGGAGAGAAUACCCAAAAUAGACAUUAAGAAAGAGGGCAAAUCAACAACCAAGUCCCGAUGUGAUACUGCAACACCAGCAGAGGAGAAGAAUCAAACGCUGUCCACAAAAGAUGACACAACAGCUGCAGCGAGCGCUCUGGUGAACCUGGAUGAAGUGAGCGAGGAGGAGGAGGAUUACCCUGACGACACAGCCGAGGAGGAAGAACUGAGGAAGAGGCAAGCUGUCGCUAAAGAGAAGCAGCUAGUCAAGAAGCGAGAGAAGGAGCGGGAAGAGAGGAGGACCAGGGAGAGGGAGAGGGAGCGAAGGAGCCGGAGCAGCAGCAGCAGUAGCAGAGGAGGAGGCAGCAGUGGGGCAGGGACGAGGAAGGUGAAGGAGAGGGGAAGGGAAAAAGAGGAGAAGGUAGAGGUAGAUGCCAAGGAGCUGGUAACUCUGGAUGAGGUGGGAGCAGAUGAGGCUGGAGAGGAAAGAGCAGCAGAGGGUCAAGAGUGGGAUGAGGAGAUCACGGAGGGAGAGCUGCAGACGCUCGUCACCCUGGAUGAAAUCGUAGAAGAGGAGGAAGAGGGAAAGGAUGAGCAAAGCACACUGGAGGCCAGCCCACCCAGCAAGGAGGACGAAUCAGUGCACUCCUUAAACCCAGAGACUUUGGUGACUUUAGAUGAAGCAGGUGAUGAUGAAGAAGAGAAGGCAGACCAAGAUGGAGCUGGAAAAACCUCAAUAUCUUCGAAACGCAAACAUGAUGUCGACACAGAGGAGAGUAUGAACUUUGUCACAGUCGAUGAGGUGGGAGAGGUUGAAGAGGAGGAGGAAGAAAAGGAAACGACCAGGACAAGAAGCCGAGCCAAGAAGAGAACCAGACAGUCCCCUGUGAGAAAAUCUACUAGAGGGAAAAAAAUUGGUACAAAAGAUGAGAGAGAAGAAGAAAAGGAAUCAACCGGUUCUGAUGUACCACCUCUCACUUCACUCGAUGCCUCAUCAUCGUUGGACAAAGAUCCGUCAGCGUUGUCAAGUGACAGCCAGCAAGAGAUCCAGAAGGCAGAGGUGGAAAGAGUGAGCCAUGCCAACAUCGAUGCUGCCUCUGCUGGGCAGGAGCUGCAGCCUGAGCACCCUGAGAACCAGAGCCUGGAAGGAUGUGUGGAGGAAGGAGAGGAGGACAAGGAAGGAGCGAGCACGGCAGACAUUAAAGCUGUGAGUAAAAGGAAGAGGGAGCUUGUCGGACCUGAAGCAAAGAGAUCUCGUUCUCAGUCUCCUUGUGUUGCUGCUGACUUCAAACUUCCACCAUUCAACCCCAACAACCCCCUUGGUCGGGAGUUUGUGGUCCCCAAAUCGGGGUAUUUCUGUAAUCUCUGCUCUGUCUUCUACCUGAACGAGAACUCGGCCAAGGAGCUCCACUGCAGCAGCCAGAGACACUACGACAACCUGCAGAAACACUACCAGAAGCUUCAAAAGAAACCAUCAAGAAGUUCAAGACAAAAUUCUCAAGGCUCAGUUUCUGACUGAUCCAGAUUCAGCUGACUUUUUGUUUGUUUGUUUUUUAAAUAAAAAUGUGAAAACUGUAAAUCAAAUGUGUAAAAGCCAGGUUGUUACAGUGGCUUAGGAAAUAAAAAAUUCCACCUCGUACCUUCUUUGAUCUAAAUAUUGUAAAUUAUACAGCUACCACAACACUAGAUAUUUUGGGCUGGGUGGUCCCAUUGGGAUUAAAACUCCGUCCAACUCAACAUAGGGGCUCAUGAAAAUUGUUUUCUUGGUAACUGCUUAGUUUCUGUUGUGAAAUAAAAGCUGCCAACCAUCUUUACCUUGACUUUCAUGUUUAAGUAAUACAAAGGUAUAAUCUUAUUACAUAAUUUGAUCAUUUUGAUGUUCCUAAUGCAACAUGUAGCAUCUUUUGAAGGAUGGACGUCUGGGUGUCUUUUAAGUUAUUUUGAAAGUCGUAUAAAUAAAGCAUAAAAUUCAAGCUUGCACAUGAUGUCAAAAGGUCAGAUAACUGUUCACAACCACUCCAGCUUUAUUAGUGCAAAGCCUGACCAAGCCAAUUGGUUUAUUAACUCUUCUACCAUUAGAAUUGUUAAAAAACAAUGAAAAAAGAAAUGAGUUCAUGAAAGUAUGUGGAGAGAGUUUCCUAUUGUUUCUAGUUUCUCUUGUCCUUGUUAACAAUAAUUGACUGUCAAAGUCUAAAUAAAUCAUAGAGUUUAUUACUAGCCAUGGCAAGU